GGCCCGCCCCUCCACUCCCCCACCCCUCUCCUGCCUCGGAGGGCGGCGGUGGCAGCGACCAGGUCGGGGAGGCGCGGGUGCCUUGAAGACGUGGAGCCGCGUAGACUGAACGCUGUAGUCUGGGAGGAGAGGAGGAGGAGGAGGAGCCGCGGCGGCAGGAGGGCGGCCUGCGGCUGACUCAUCCCUCUCGGCAGCCGAGGAGACAGACAGACAAACAGACACACAUAAAAAUACACACAAAACCCGCCCACCCGCCCAGCCCGCGCGCGCCCCGGCUCCAGCAAGGUCUACUCGCCACUGCGCCCGCCCGCAGAGAAAGUUGUGCCCGGAGGAGGAGCCGUGGGGAGACUCGAAGUCGAAAGCGGCAGCCCGCCGGUCCCGGGGAGUGGAUGGUGCCGGGCGUCCCCGCCGCCUGUCAGGAGGGCUUCGGGGCGGGGUCGGGCUGAGCCCGGGUCGGAGUCCCUCCCCCUCGGCUCCCUCCCUUGGCCUCCCUCCUGCGCCCCCUCCCAUCCCCCAGCAUGUCCCGGCUGCUGCUGCCCCUGCUGAGGAGCCGGACUGCGCACAGCCUGCGGCCCCUGCCCGGCUGCCGCCCGCGCGGCGCGGCCGCGGCCCCGGCGCUGCUCCUCCGGCCCCCUCCCGCCCUCGCCGCCGGGCCGCUCCCCUCCCGAGGGCUGGGAACCCACCCUAAGCGCGAGCCCAUCGAAUCGCUGAACACGGCGCAGGGAGCCCGCGACUUCAUCUACAGCCUGCACUCCACAGAGAGGAGCUGCCUGCUCAAGGAGCUGCACCGCUUCGAGUCUAUAGCCAUAGCGCAAGGUAUUCCAAGAAGUUCCAGUCAACUGACAACGACCUCUCCUCACAGUGUCAGAACUGUGGUGAUGAUGCAACUAACUAGUGCUGAAAAAUUGGAGGCUCCACCACCUUCCCAGGCACAGCUGAGAUAUGUAUUCAUCCACAAUGCAUUACCUUUCGUAGGGUUUGGCUUUUUGGAUAAUGCAAUUAUGAUUGUUGCAGGAACCCAAAUAGAGUUGUCUAUUGGAAUUAUUUUGGGGAUUUCAACUAUGGCAGCUGCUGCUUUGGGGAAUCUUGUUUCAGAUUUAGCUGGACUUGGUCUUGCAGGCUAUGUUGAAGCUUUAGCUUCCAGGUUAGGCCUGUCAAUUCCUGAUCUCACACCCAAGCAAGUUGAUAUGUGGCAAACACGAGUUAGUGCGCACUUGGGCAAAGCUGUCGGAGUGGCUAUUGGUUGCAUUUUAGGAAUGUUUCCUUUAUUGUUCUUUAGAGGAGAAGAAGAAGAAAAAAAACUGGAAGAAAAAAAUUAACUUUUAGAAUCUAUAGAAAGAUGUAAAAUAAUGUACCUCACCUAUUAAGUAUGCUGUCACAAUAUUUAGGAUUAAGACAGUAACUAUGUAUAGAUAUGGGAACAAGCAAUUAAGCAUGUUUUAUUAAAACACUAACUUAUUGUGGCUUGGUGUUCUUAGUACAUCUUUUUAUAAAAAAGAUAGCUUCUUAAUUUCAUAAAAAUUGUUAAAAUGCCUUUUCAUUAGUGGCAAUCAACAUUUUCAUUUUUUUCCAUUUUCAUUUUUCAUAUGUUAUAGCCAGGCUAAUUUUUUUAGUCAUUGAUAUACUGUAUAGAUUUGGAAUUUGCUUAUUUGUUAUUAAUCAUAUAUGCUUGCAUGAAAACAUCCUCUUUUAUUCAUGACAAUUCCAAAUCAGCUUUGGACUUUUCCCAUAUACAAAAACUAUUGCUUAUUUUGGUAAAGGUUUUUAAUUCCAUCAUUGUUCUUGCUCCUAGUAUCAGUUUUGGCUUGAUUUGAGAUAAUGAAUUUCCAUUCAUGCAUAGUGUUUCUCUUUCCUUAUUGACUCAUUCAACCAAUGUGAAAAUGAAUUGUUUUAACUGUUGCUGGAGGUUUUUUUUAAAUUUUUUAUUUUCUUUGCUCUGAUCUUUUUGAGUCUUAAGAGCCAGAAGUUAAUGAGCUUAUCUUCUUCACACUUACAUAAAAUACACCCCACAUUAUAAAAUGUACUUUCUGCUUCAUUUUUUCCCCUAUUUUUUGCCUUAAAACUCCCAAUUGUGAGUAAUUAUGUUCUGUUUUUGGCUCAUAGAAAAGAAAAAACAUAAUUUUUGUUAUGUUUUAUGGGGGAAAUUAUCACAGAAUUAAACAUGGUAUUCUAUUUUUAUAGUUAAGGGAAUCAAAAGGAGAAUACAAAUUAUAUGUGAGAAUUAAAAAUUAAGGAUACAUGAAUUCUAUAGGCAAGAAAAAUUAGGAAAAGAAAUUAGAAUCUAAGAAAAAGAUUAGAAUCUACAGAUAGUGAAAUUCAGCAGAAUUAGAGAGGUUCUUUUGCUCUCCUGAAGAGAAGAGGGUUUUUCAAAAAUUUCAUCUUUAUCAUAAGAUUUCCGUUGCUGAAAUAUCUAAAAUUCUCUUCCUACUUCAGAUCUUCACAUGUGUACUUUUUUAUGGAUAGACUUUCAGAAAAAAAAAUAUUUUGUGGGCAAAACUAGCCUUUGUGUGUGUGUGUGUGUGUGUGUGUGUGUGUGUGUGUUUUCUUUUUUAAAUUGUGCAGUCAAAACUUAUGAGGAAACUUUUUUUUUUUGCCUUUUUUGUUAUUCAAAAUAUGUUCUGAAUAGAAGUUGCUCAUUUCUAUUUUUUUGUCGUUGAAAUUUAAUCAUGAAUGAAAUGUAAUUUUCUCAAUCUUUAUAGUUUUUCAAUAUAGGGAAUAUUAAUUAUAUAAUUGCAAAUGGAUAUGUUAAGCCAAUUUCUUACCUUGUAUGGUGUUUUAAAAUGUUAUGGGGAGAAAUAUCAAAUGGGGAUUUUAUUUUGACCAUUCAAGGUUGUUAUAUUGCUGCAUUGGCUUUUAAAAAUUGUAGAAUGACUGUAAUAUUUACAGUCAUACUAUGUUAGUUAUAUUUGUAGUUGGCAUUUAUUUACUUAAUAACCCAUUUUUAAAAAUGAAGAGUUAAACUAUCACAUAAAAAAUUAGUUAUAAAUUCUCUCAACUACUUCCACAUAUUCAGUGCCAUUCUUUAAUUGUAGAGGAAGAGAAGAAAAGAAGUAGAAACAGUAACCUAAAAAAUUAUAGAAUGCAAAAAUAGGGAAAUAUGGAGAAAGUAUAAUUUUUAAUAUGCAGAAAUAAUUUGACACUCUCAUUUACCAUGGACAGAAGGAUAGAACUUUAAGCCUUUCUAAAAAUUGUGGUUUAUAUCAUUUCUCCAUUCAGGAAUUAUCAAACCAAUGCAGAAUUAUGUUGAUUUGUUUGAUACAUGAGUAGUGUGAUGGUGUUAUUUUAAAUGAAGACUUAUUUAAAUAAAUGUUUUAGAUACUUUUGAUGAUCUUGUGUACAACCAAUCCCAUUUAUUUUCAUACAAAUAAUUAAGUGUGGUGCUUGCAUUUUUUCAAACAUAUCAAAAUUCCUAUUGUUAUCCAGAAAAAGUCUGUGUGAUAUGUUUUCCCUCCUCAAACUAAUGAAAUUUUAACAAGAAUCUGACCUUAACAGGAAUUUUUCCCCCAUAAACUUGAAUGCAACAUUCACAAUAUAAUUUAUCAUCUCAUAACAUAAAGUAAAUAAAUUCCUAAUUUGAGAUUUUUAACAAUUUGAAUCAUUCAAAUAAUGAGUUCUUGUUAAAGUAAAUGCAAUGUCUGUGCCCUUACCAAAGGUUUUUGUUGCUCAAAAUCAUAAUUCUAAGUAUGGUGCUUUAUACAAGGUGGUUUGUUGGUUUGGCUUCCCAAUAUAAUGUCUUCAUAUGAGUUUUUUUUUUUUUUUCUUUAAAUCCUUGGAGUCUUCUGUCUAUUAGAAAAAUGGGUCCUUCACUUCUCAUGCUAGUUAUUUAUUAAUGUUUGAACAUUAAAAUAAUAAUGGAGCCAAGAAUAGUAUUAACUGCUAUAGCAGUGUUCAUUUAAGUCAUAACAUGUCCAUGUAUUGGUUUUUGUUUAACUUGUGAAUGCAUGUAAGUUGAAUGUAUUUUGUUGAUACUGUAUGCUUAAUUGCAACCACUGUUUUUUAAAUGAGAUAAAUUGAACUAAAAAUAUUUUAAGAAGUUGAAAAUGUAGUUUUGAUUUUGAAAUGGAUACUAUUAAUUAUCUGCAGGUAGUGAAAACUUUAGACUUAUAGAAAAUUUAAGAUAAUAUAUGCAUAAGUAAAGAAGAUAUAAUCCUGCUCUGGGUACCUUGGUCUUUAAUAGGGAAAAAGUCAGAGAUACAAAGGUACUUGAAAAUGAUCAGAGUCCCAACUCUGCCACUAAUAAUUUUUGCUGCAAAUCUUUCUAAAUUGAACUCAGUUUACCUUCUUAAGAAUAUAGUAAACAGAAUUUGACCUUUUAAACAAAUCCUUCCGAUUUUCCUUUCAGAACACCCCAUUAUCAUUAUAUUGUAUUACAAGGAAGUGAUGCUUUUAAGGUUUAUUGAAAUUUGCAGGACUAUUUGACCUUAUAAUAAACAUCCCUAGACAACUAUGCUUUUUGAGUUUUGUUUUCUGCUUUUUAUGAUUUCUCCUGUUUCUUCUCUAACAAUUAAACUGUAAGUUAUCAUAUGGAUUUUUUAAAAAUAUCUGAACCUGUGAUUUCAUUUGUUAGAGAAUGCCAGUGAGAAAAUUCCCUUUACCAAUGUACAUUGGCAAAUGUUCUGGAAUUUGUAGUCUUAAGAGAAUUGUCUCGAGCACUAAACGUUUAAGUGAAUUUGUGACCCUGAGCAAAUUCUGUAUUUGUUGGAGACAGGAGUCAAGCCCAGUCUUCCCAUCUGAGGAUAGUUUUCUACUUACUGUAUAGAACAAUGUUUUGCUGCCUUUCAUAUAGAAUGAUUGAAACUUAAAAUUGGAAGGAACCCUAAGGAUCAUCUAGUCCAAUCCUCAAAUGAAGCAUUAAUCUGUUAUGUAGCAUCCUGGACAAAUAACCAUCUAACUUCUUAAAGAUUUCUAAUUAUAGUGAACUUAUUAUUUCUAAAGAAUCCUGUUUUAUUUUUAGAUUUUUGAAUGAACGUACGUUGGGAUAAAGUCUAUAUUACUUUUAUUUCUACCUAAUACUCUGAUCCAAGAAAACCAUGCAGAAUAAGCAUUAUUCUUUCAUAUGACAAUUUGACAAAUAUUUGAAGACUGUAAUUGUCUUCCUCAAAUCUUUUUUUAUUGGUUAGAUAUCUCUAGUUCCUUAAACUGAUCCUCCUCCUGACUUGACUUUGAGUUUUCCUUGAUAUCCUGGCCAUAAUCAUCUGGAUGUGUUCUAGUAUAUAAAUGUCCUUCCUCCAUUUGUAACGUUCAAAUCUGAGUAUACUAUUUUAUUUGUGGUCUGACCAGGGAAGAAUACUAGAAAAUUGUGUCUUUCAUUUGGGACAUUAUAACAUUACUGGUUCAUGGAAUUUCAUGUUAUUCAUCUCUAUUAAUUCCUGGCCCAUCUUUGCAUGCAUACUUCAGAAUUUUCAGUUUAUCAUGAGUUGUGGGCCUAGAAACAAGGCAACCAACACUACAGUUAAUUGUCUUUAAGUGUUCAAUGGGUUUUGAGUGAAAGUUCUUGAGUUUCUUGUAUGAAUAUGUAAAUGUUUUAGUGCAUAAACUCUUAAUGAGCCAAAAUUUAAAUUCCAGAGUUUUUUCUUUUUAAACAUUGCUUGUUUUCUCAUCUGUAAAAUGAGGUACUGAUUUAGAUCAUAGAAUUUACAAAAGAAAGAAAUUAUUAAGAACAUUAAAAAAACCAAUUAUUUAUAAUACUUAGAAGUAAUUUUUUUUAUUAUUAGUGAUUUCUGAACAAGACUGUAAAAAACCAUCCUUUACGAAUGUACUUUGAAGGAAAAAAAAUCAUGAUAAAUUUUAGUACCCUCACUCCCCAAUAAAGCUCCUUCCCUCGGC